AGGGGUGAGUAUUGUGUGAUUUCCUGAGAAGGGAAAGACAGGGGAGAAGAAGUCAGAGGAACUGACAGAAAAUAAGGAACAGAGAAUAAGGGACCCCGCAGCAGAGGUAGGGGCAAGAGGCCUGAUCAGCCUCGUGGAAGUGGUCUAGUAGGCACGCAGUAGAGGUAAGACGUGACCGAACUAUCCUUCCAUAGGGUAAAGGUAAAACGUGUAAGGUAAAAGGGAACCAGGUUAGGUUGGGAGGCUGUUUGUGUGAGGCGCCUAUAUGCAUGGAGUGUGAAAGAGUGGGGGACCGUAGAGGAAACCCAAAACUGAGUGUGGGUCUCUGCCUUGGCAGAGACCGGACUGGGCAGUAGUGCGUUUCCUGCGUGUGGGCGACCACCCAGGCCACAAAACUCAGGUGCGAGUGUGUGAGUGCAGUGAAUAAUUGAGGUGAAGGGAAAAUGGGGGGAGGCUCAUCAACCCCAGUGUAUAAGAGUUUAAUGGAACAAGCAAAUUCCUUAAAAUGAAGGAAAGAUAUAUAUAUAUAGUUAUAUGUUACAUGUUGUCUAUUAUGUGUGUUUGUUAAGUAUAUGUGAGUCUGUUCUUUGUGUCUCUGUCAAAAGGCCAGACAGAAACCCAUAAAUAAUUAGAGAAAAAUCCAGCCUGAGAGUCUGUAUGUUAGAGAUCUCUGUUUUUCUUGAAGUAAAUAAGAGCUGUACUCAAGACUGAAAAUGUUCAAGGGAUUUGUUUAAAUUUGGCCAUAAUAUCCACAGAUAGUUAUAAUUGCAAGCUUGCUCAAAAAAAAAAAAAAAAAAUUAGUUUAAAGAAGCCAUGUUGGACCUGAUCAAUCUUAAACAUGGAAAUGUAAGAAUGAGGUGUGCAAAUGUUUUGUCAAAAGAAGGGCUCCAAAAUAGAGUCUUCCUCUAAGUGGUAGAAAGGAAAGGAAAGAAUUCCUGUACGUGUUAAAUUGUGUUCUGAGAGGGGGAUUGCCCCCCCCCCCUUGCAAUUAAAGAGGAAAGAAAUUUGGAACUUAUGGGGAAUGUUUAGUUGGAAUUGAGUUUAUGAGAGAGCUAAUCUACCGUCAUGUUCUAUUCUACUUUGAAAUGUGCUGUGAAUUUAGCCCAAUGUUUUAAUACGGCGUGCCUUCUAGGAAAAUAUUAUUAAAGGUAGAGGCUCCAUAGCCAGCAAUUGUCUACCUGAGUCCAGUUUUAGCUUUGGUUCAGUUGGGCAGAAGGGCUCCUACAGUUUCUGUGAGAGCAGCCAGGAUUUACUAAUAAGUAAACUUACUCCCAAGUAAGCUUCCUUCCAUGGGAAAGCUGAAAGGGAGGGGGAAAGUAUUGCUAGGAACUCCAUUUGGUGUGGAAGGUACUCACCCCUUCUCAGUUUCUGUAUGUGCUUAUUUAACCCUUAGUUACUCCUAUCCUUUGCGUUAGGCGUACCAUGCAAAUGAGGAUGAUUUUUCUCUAGAAAAUUCACCCAACUUGGGUAUCUUAUAACUCUAUGGUAGUUACCUCUGCAAAGCAAGUUUUUGAACAAAAUGUGGGGUAGCUCCUAAUAAGCAAUGGAUUUUAGGGAUACUAAAAAAAAAAAAACAGACUAGGGCUGGGUGAUAGCUGGCUUUCAACAUCAUGGUAUAUCAGCAGCUUAGCAUCAUGAUAUCCUGAUAGACCAUGAUGUGUGCCCCCCCCCCAAAUAUGGACCAGGUGGUGGUAGAGGGUGGGGGGGGGAAGUCUAACAGAGACCUCACCCCCCUCUCUGGCUCAUGCUGGAGGCAAGGUGGGGGUUAAACUUCCCACUUGAGGGGAAUGCAACUGCAUGCCUCUCAAUGGAGAACUGGGACAGAACUUGCAUUUCCCCAGCUGAGCAGCCACGAUCCCACACCUGCUUGCGUGCAGAGGGACUCAGGAGGCAGCAGUUUCACCCAUGAUACACUGCUGAGUGAAGCCGUAGUUGCAGUCUGUCCCUCAUGCUGGUCCUGGGCAAUGUAUCAGCCAGGCCUAGUGGGGUUGAGGGAAGGAGCAGCCACAGAGGUCGGAUGAGGGGGGGAAGGAAAGCAGAGUCACUUCCACCGCAUGGUUUGAGUGGAAGGGGAUGAGGGGGUACCGGUACUUCAAGCCGCCAUCAGCAGGGCAGCGAGCGGUGGCAGCCAGUGAAGAUGCAUGCCCACUGUGGCUGCUGCUGCUGCUUUCUUGCUGAUUAAGAGAGGCUGCUUUGCCUCAGUGAGAAGGGAAGGUAGUGCCAUGGUGCCUUGAAGUGAGGAUGAUCUGUCAGUGUGAGGGGAAGGCAGGGUUUCGCAAUCGGCUGCCCUGUUUUCCCUCAGCCUGAGGAGUGAAACAUUGCUAUGUAUUGGCAGGUCAAAAUAUAUAAACUGAUUCUGGCCAAUCUAUUAAAAAACCACACAGUGAUAUAACAGACCAUAAAAUUUGUGCUAUUACCAUGCAAAAAUGACAAAAAUUAGUUGGGGGGAGGCAAGGGAUGGGGCCGUGUACCACAUGGGUGUACUCCGUGGACCCCCAGGGGUCCCCGAACCCCUAUUUGGGAACCAUUGUUUUAGAGGGUCAGAUUGGAUGACCUUAGGUCCCUUCCAAUUCUGUUACUUUAUGGCUAGGUGGAAGGCAACGUGUCUGCAAGCCUACAAAUUUCUUGCUGAGUAGGGGAGUUAAAUGGUGGAUUGUAUGUUGUAUGUGCAGUGAAGGUGCUAGGUAGGUAGAAGGAGAAAGAGAGAAUGUGUCUGCAAGAAAAGGAAAAGGAAGUUAAAUUAGAUUCCAUUCGAUUGUUGAAUUGGCUGGGCAACCUGGGAGUCAAGGUAUCCAGGGAAAAGUUGCAGUUCACUGAAAGGAGAGUUAAAUAUUUAGGGCACAUAUUGGAUGGGGGAACCAGACAAUUGGACCCAGAUAGGGUAAGAGGUAUCAUGGAAUUGAGACCCCCGAGAACUAGGACUGAUGUGCGAAGGAUGUUGGGAUUGCUGGGAUAUUGUAGAUUAUGGAUAGACCAAUAUUCAAAAUUAACCCAAUUCUUGAAUAAGAAGCUAACUGGGAAGGAAGAGGAAGUAUUGUGGGAUGAAGGAGACAGGGAAAGAUGGGAAGAAAUUAAGAGAACCCUAAUCGCCAGUCCGGCAUUGGCCCUGCCCAACUUACAACAACCCUUCCACCUAUAUGUGACAGUGGCAUCCCAAACGGCAGUGGGGGUGCUAGCUCAGAAAAGGGGAGGAAGAUACCACCCGGUGGCUUAUUUGAGUACAACAUUAGAACCAGUGGUCAGAGGGUGGCCAGCGUGUAUACAAGCAGUAGCAGCAGCAGCUGAACUGGUUCUAGAAAGCAGAAAACUGACUUUUGGGGGAGCCUUGAUUGUACACAGCCCUCACCAGAUCGGGGCAGUCAUGACGGGAGCCGCUCCGACCUGGAUGACGGACAGACGUCUGGUACAAUAUGAGGGAAUUUUGAGAACAGGCUCAGACAUCACUAUUGGGACAGACAGGAACUUGAAUCCCGCGGAAUUUCUUAGGGGAGAAAGGAAGGAAUGGGAGCCAGAUGAGCAUGACUGCCUGAGAGAUAUAGAAUUGAUGGCAAAAGUAAGGGAAGAUCUAAGUGAAGUGCCAUUGAAGGAAGGUGAAAGGUGGUUUGUGGAUGGGUCCAGCUAUGUUAGAGAAGGCAGAAGGAAGUCAGGAUAUGCAGUGGUAAAGGAAGAUGGGGAGGCUAUAGAAAGCGGGGCGCUCCCCAGCACUUGGUCAGCUCAAAAAUGUGAAGUGAUGGCAUUGACUCGUGCCCUAGAAUUAGCAAAAGGAUUGGAUAUAACCAUAUGGACAGAUUCAAGAUACGCGUGGGGAGUGGUUCAUACUUUUGGCAGGACAUGGAGAGAGAGAGGUUUUAUUAAGGCAGAUGGGAAACGGAUUGAGCAUGUGGCCUUGUUGGAACGGUUGCUAGAAUCUCUAAUGGGACCACGGAAAGUAGGGAUUGUGCAUAUUCUAGCUCAUACCAAGGGACAUAGUCCAGAGGAGCAGGGAAAUGCAUGGGCAGACCUCAGGGCGCGAGAAGCAGCUGAGGGAGAGCCCAGAGACGAAGUAAUUAGGCAAUGUGUCCUACAGGUUCCGGUGAUAGAUCCGCAGGACCUGAAAAAUUUAGUAUUUACUCAAAAGGAAAAGGAAUAUAUGGAAAAGGAGGGGUGGAAAAAGAAAGGAGAUGAUUGGGAAACCCCAGAGAGACAGAUGGUCCUUCCUAAAUCGGUGAUGCUAAAUAUUUUAGAGAAAAUACACGCGGGAAGCCAUCUGGGCACUGAGGGAAUGGUUAAUCUGGUGAAACCCCUGUAUUGGAGCAGGGACAUGUGGCCCAUGGCGCACGCCAUUGCAUGGAAAUGUUUAAUAUGUCAGAAGGUCAAUAAGGCCCGAGCCAGAAAGACAGAAAGGGGCGGGCGACCGUUAGCGGUGUGGCCAUUCCAAAGGAUACAAGUAGAUUUUACUGAGUUGCCAGAAAGAGGGGGGCAAAAGUAUUUGUUGGUGUUUAAGGAUCAUCUCACAGGAUGGGUUGAGGCCUUUCCCAGCCGCAGAGCCACGGCCCAAGUGGUUGGAAAAGCCAUCCUGGAGCAUAUUCUUCCUCGCUAUGGGAUAACGGAAGCAAUAGACUCAGAUAGGGGGACCCAUUUCACCCAAUUGGCAAUGCAAGAGGUGAUGAGGGCGGUGGGAAUCACAUGGAACUUUCACACCCCCUGGCAUCCUGAGAGUAGUGGGAAAGUGGAACGGGCCAAUGGAGAGAUUAAGAAACACUUGACCAAGCUGUAUCUAGAGAAUGGUUUGCCCUGGACAAAGAAUCUCCCCCUGGCCUUAUUAAGGAUGAGGGUGGCUCCCCGGAAGGACACUGGACUGUCCCCAUUUGAAAUGAUGAUGGGCCACCCCUAUCUAGCUCCCCUAGGAAACCCUCAGAUUGAAUUUAGGGAUCAGUUCACCCGGAAAUAUCUGCAGUCACUGUCCCAGUCUUUGUUAUCCUUUCACAGGCAAGGCGUACUAGCACAGAGACCCCCACUCUUGGAACAACAGCACAGCUUCCAACCUGGAGACCUGGUCCUGAUAAAAGCGUGGCGGUCGGAGAAACUCACCCCGAGUUGGGAGGGCCCAUACCAAGUCCUACUCACCACUGAGUCAGCAGUACGGACCAGAGAGCAUGGAUGGACCCACUACCACCGGGUGAAGAAAGCCCCGCCGGAGAGUUGGACGGCAACGGCCAGUCCAGAUAACCCGCUAAGAGUGACUCUUACAAAAUCAGGAACCAGAAUCCAGCAGAGCACUCCUAGACUGUAAAUGUGUCUGUUCUGCACGUGUGAGUGUUUCUUUGAAUGCUGUUGCUGUGCGCAUUGUGAGGGGUGUGUGCUGUGUGUGCAUUGUACUGAAGAGUGUAAUAUAGUUUUCAUAGAGGAGGUUAUAAUCCAGCAUUGUAGGAUCAAAUACAGCCGGGGAAAGAACAAACAUGUUCCAGAUAGCCCAAAACAGGCAGGGAUACAUAGCACAUAACACCACAAGGGGAGCCGGGAAGGUUAUGGUCUGCUUUGAUGCCUGUCUAGCAAUAAACAAAGGCCAAGGACCAAAUGGGAACGCCGGAAUUGGAUGUGGAAGUUACGAAUGGGAACGAUCCUAUUUACAAGACAGAAAAUAUCUUUUCAAACAUAUUAAAGGAGAAAACGUGGGCGCUGGGAGGGGUCUGUGGAAAAUUCAAUCUGACCAAUUGUUGUAUAGAAAUAGAUGAUAGUGGAAAGGUGGUAAAGGACAUAGCUGAUAGAAUGGUUAAAUUAGCUCACGUGCCGGUUCAAACGUGGGAUGGAUUCAAUUUUAAGGACAUGUUCAGUACCUGGUUUCCAAAAUUACCCGGACUACAGGCAAUUGUAGCCCUUAUUGGACUAAUAGCAGCAGGGUGCAUCCUGAUCCCAUGCAUAUUGCCCAUCUUUGUCCGAGCUAUUAAUAAUUCACUGGCUCUAUUAGCAGAGAGAAAAGUACAUACACAUUUGAUGACAAUGAGGUAUACGGCAGUUUCCACCAGGGAGGAUGAGAAUAAUCAAAGCAGAUUGGGACAUGAACUACUCUGUGAGUUUGAGACAAGAUAUAAAAAGAGGGGGGAUUGUGGGAAAAACUAAGUCAGGAUGUCACUAAAACAAAGACAGGAUGUGCCUCAAACUCAGUGGAAAAUUCCAGGGUGCCCUGUCAGCUGAGUUAGAGGGUGCCAUAGAGAUAAGGAAGCAUAGCCCCUGCUUCCUGAUAAGGUUAAACGUUAGAAUAGGGAGUGUAGCUCGGUUAAUGUAUAGAAAUGUGUUUGACUCUGAUAGUUAGAUUGUAAGCCAAGCCUCUGAAGGGAGGGGCGGCAGCAGUAGGGAGAGAUAUAAGCUUAAGCCUGUACAUUGCUCUUGGCUCUUCGCCACUCAGGUCGUGGAGCCCGCCUUUGCAAACGCGUUACAAUAAAGAGGAACCGGUAAGACUUA